AUGAUGGAAUACGGAAGAACGCGCAAAGGGCCGCUGCCUGGAGGUCGCCAGGGCGCGUCUGGAGCUGGCGCUGGACGCGGCAGCAUGCGAACCGCCAGCCGAGCGCGAGGUGCUGCACGACCACCCAGCAGCCCCUCGCAUCCAUCAUCCCCACCAGCUGGCUUGGUGUCGGCAGGGUCUUCGCGGGCCCAGCAAUCGGCACCCGCCUCUGGUGGAGUACGCCGCAUGCGUUGGACAACCCAGAUGAACAGCAACGCAUUGCGGGCGUAUUUUGGGGCGAAAGGGGGAGAAACUGGAUGUUUGGCGUAUCGGGCUAGGAUGCAUCGUCUUUUUGCUGAGCUGGAGCCAUCUUUAACCGUCACAGAGCAAAACCUGGCAGACCGAGUUCGGUAUAUCUUGCGCUCAAAUAUAUUUGAUGUCGCCGAACUCGAACGGCUACGACGUGAGGCUGUUCCCUCGUCGGAUGAGAAUGCUACGGCUGAGGAUGCGGCGCCACAAAUGGUAGAGCAACCCGCAAACGUGGAUGCCGCCGUGAAUACCCCAGUUGUGGUUGAUUCAAACGAUGAUGGAACAGUCGCCCAGGAACUGGAAUUAGAGCAUAUGAGGAGUACAUUGGAAGAGGCGAUUGUGGAAACGCGCAGUACGCCUCUCGAAAAUCGACCGCGACUUCCCCGCAUAGCCCUAAGCAAGCGGAAUCGGGCUGUCGUGAGGGCUCUGAACCCAAUGCUGGUGACCUAUUUGGAAGCCAGCCGGGACCUUUGCGAGACGGACUCAAUUCUUUUUGGCGCCGCGCUGGCAGUCUGCCGUAUCAUAGGCGCCAAGGUUUCCACGGCUGGACGCGCUACUGGCCAUAGUAGCGCUAUCCCAGCAUGGAGAAGAAGAAUUGAGGAACGUAUCGCAAAGGCUAGAGCUCUCAUCGGCAGACUGAUAUGCUUCAGAUCAGGCAACAACAGGCCAAGAAUUGUGCGCACCGUCAGGAUGGCGUUUGCUGGGACAAAUGUCAGUUUGUCCCAGCCGGAUAUAACGCAAAAACUGACGGAGCGCAUAGAUGAUCUGAAGCAGAGAAUCGCUGCUUGGGGAAAACGGAUUCGGCGAUAUACCGAGAGGUCGACACGGUUCAACCAGAAUCGUCUCUUCCAGAGUGAUCAGAAGAGGCUCUAUGAAUCAUUGGAGCGACCAAUGGUAAGUGGAACGGGUCCAGCACCGAAUCAGGCCGACACUGUAGCAUUCUGGCGCGGCCUGUGGUCAGAGCCCGUAAACCACAGCGAGGGCCCUUGGACGGAAGUUGUGGCGAGUCAGUGUGCGGGUAUUACGCCCAUGGACCCCGUCAUCAUAACGCCGGAUGACGUAGCUGAGGCGGUCCGUAGGGCCCCGAACUGGAAAAGUCCGGGGCUUGACGGGCUGCAUCACUACUGGCUGAAGGGGUUCAUGGUGUGUCACUCUGUGCUUGCCCGACAGUUUCAAGAGGCUCUCAACCAGAAGUCGCUCCCAAGCCUCAUCACUACUGGGAUCACUCAUUUGGUUCCUAAAGACCAGGGUGCAAUUAUUGUUACAACACCUCAGUCAGCAGCUCUACAAGUUACAAAACGAGGUGUUAACAUGUUUGAAAAAUUAAAAGUUCCUAUAAUUGGCCUGGUGGAGAACAUGUCUCAUGCAAUGUGUCCAAAAUGUGGUACCAAAAAUUUCAUAUUUGGUAAUGAAACUAAAAAGACUGCUGAUGAAAUGGGCCUUGAGAUCAUCGAAAGUUUCGAAGUUGAUUCAAACAUGUCGGAAUGUAUAAAUAGUGGUAAGCCAGCGAUAUAUGCACUUCCCGACAGCAUCCAUGCAGAGAAGUAUAGGCAAUUAGCAAACAAAGUGUUCAAGUAUAUAGCCAAUAAGGAUAAUAAGCAGGUGAAAGCUAAGGAGCAGUAG